AUGCACGACCCCACCUCUCCCGACAAUGAGGGAACUGAGGAGCCAGCGGGGCGGAGGAGGAAGGGCCACAAGAUUGUUCAGUGGCCCGAGGAGUUCAUCAGGAAGUUCCGUGACAAGAAGCUCGACUUCCUGUGGAUGCACACCCGCCUCAAGGCCCGCAGGCUCAGUCCCGCUGAGAGCCACGACGAUGCCCAGCUCCUCUUCGCCAUCUGCAGCUCCGGCACUAAAGAAUUGCACCCACACAUCAAGAAGAUUUUGGCAAGGCUACGGCUGACCCAGAUGGUGACCGGCAUGUUCCUCAAGACCACCGAGGUGAAUUUGAAGAUGCUUGCUUCUGUUGUACCCUUUGUGACAUAUAGGUAA